UGUAAUAAUUGUGGAAAAUACUGCUGAAGGAUUUUUACAUUUGUUUAGACUGCAGCAUUAUGACCGAUUCUCCAGUUGCCAUUGUUACUGGGGGUGCUCAUGGCAUUGGAGCCACUAUUUGCAUAGAACUGUUGAAAAAUGGAUAUCGAGUUUGUGUAGCUGAUAUUCAAAAAUCAAAAGCCGAAGAGUUUGCGAACGAGCAGCGAAAAAUUUUCGGAGAAGAAAAUGUUACAGCUAUACAAUGUGAUGUAAGAGAAGAAUCUUAUUACGAAAAAGUUUUUGAAGAAACUUUGAAACAUUUUAAGAGAGUCGAUGUCCUAGUAAACAAUGCUGGAAUUAUAUUGCCAACGGACCUUCAGGAGUACAUUCAAGUUAAUUUGUUAGGAUCUCUAUAUGGAUGCCAUGCAGCUUUGAAAUACAUGGGAAAAAGUAAAGGAGGCAAUGGAGGUGCGGUUAUCAACACCGCUCCUAUAGAAGAUGUUGGACCGAUUCCUGAAUUACCUGGUUACAUAGCCAUUAAACAUGAUCUAGUAAAUCUGACUCGUAGCUUUGGGCUUCCAUUUUAUUAUGAAAAGGAUGAAGUCUUGUUUGCUUCUUUAUGUCCUUAUGUUGAUGCAAAGACGAUAAAAGCAAUAAAUAAAGCUUGUAAACUCGAAUUGGACUCUUCCAGUGGCUCUGAUAAGUUGAGUCCUGAAUAUGCAGCAAAAGGAGUGUUAAAACUUUUAGAAGACAAAAUAAAUGGCUCCACGUUGCUUGUUGUUCCUAAUGGAUAUCACUACUACGAACCUAUCGAUUAACUGAAAUCUUUGAUUCUGGAAGAUGAAUGAGAUUGGGAAAAUGUAGUUUCAAUUCAAUAAAAGGAAUUAGAUCAAAAGAUAAAGCUUU